AUGAGACCAAAACUUGAUGUUGACUUUAGAGAUUUAUUACAAAGUUCAUCGAAAUUUUCGAUUAAAAAUAUAUCUGGACAUUCAGCAAUUGUUCGUUGGUCUGCAAAUACCUACAUAGUUUCAGCAACAUCAAAAAUUUUAAAAUUUGAAACAGGUUUACCACUUUAUGCUCCAUCAAAUAUAAAUAUAAUUGCUUGUACAAAUACAAUUGUACGUAUAGGUUUUGAUCAAUUUAUUGAACAUAGUGAUGAAAUCAUAGCAUUAUAUUUUCAUUAUAAAUAUUUACAUGAAAUUUAUUGUCGUGAUAUAUUACAAUUACCAAAAAAAUUAAAAACAUCUUAUUCAUUAACAAAUAAAAGUUUACAAUUUAGAACAAAUGUUUAUGAUUCAACAAAAUUUCUUGGUCAAAUACUUCAUUGGAAAUUAGAACGUGGUGAUAUAGAACAUAGUAUGGAACUUGAUUGUAAUAUAAAGAAUACACUUAUACCUGGAAUAUUACCAUUAGGUACAUGUAAAAUUUCACUUGAUUCAUUAUUUAGUAUAAAAUUAAAUAUUGAUAAUGAAAUAAAUCGAAAAGAAAUACGUUUAACAACAACAGAAAUGGAUGUGAGUGUGGGUGUGGGUUUUCCAUAUACAACCACGCCCACACCCAUCCACACCCACAUCCUUCCUGAGCAGUUUGUGAUGUUCUCAUUUCGUUCUUCAAACGUAGCAACGAAGCUUCUGAGAUUCCGGGCAUAGCUACAAGCCGAGCAUUGCAAUUGUUAAGAGAAAUCAUUGGUCCAUCUUUUUCAUUUUCAACAAAGGAAAUAACACUAAAGAAAAUUUUCUUCUGAUCAAUGAAGAAAUGAGUACCUUGUGGCACAAUAACAAUAAUGUCCAAAAAAAUUCAGUGAAUGAAACAAUGUCCGAUUAUGUAAAAAAUAUAGUAAGUGAAGAAAUCCAAAAGUAACAUGAUCAUCUACAAUGAUUUGCUAUUCAGAACAACAAAUAAAUCAAAACCAUGAACCUCUAGUUUAAAUUAAACGUUGAUAUUUCAGUGCCAACGCAGUUCUUUGCGUCCUCUAUAUGCCACUCAGUACAAUUUAUAUCAAAGAUUUAAUGACAAGAAAAAAUAAAUGUAAAUCUAUAUUCAUAUGCAUUACAUAUAUAAUUCGUAGUACUUAGUAUGACGAUGGGAUAUUGUAGAAGAAUGUUUAAUUAUAUUGAAUUACGUAUGUUGAUAUAAAAACUAUCAUUACAACAUACAAAUAAGUAUGCGAUCGCUAUUUAUAGAAAAUCUAAGAUUAUUUCUAUAAUGUAAGGAUUACCUUUUUUGACUCUCAAAUUCUGUAUUAUUUAUGUUUAGUUUUUGGAUGUAAUUUGUUAAAAUACAUUUAUGAACCUAGGUAUACAUGACCAUUAAUCGACUAAGUAAUCACGUUAGUUGCACAUAUCAUUGCUGAAUACAUCCUAGUUGACUACGUGAUAAUAAUUGUUUCAAAUCAGUACAAUAUUCUUUAUUAUCGAGCACAAGAAGUUCUAUGUAGAUUAAUUCACUGACAAAAAUGAGAAAGUAAUUAUUUGAAUUUAGUAUAGAAGCAUAGAUUGGACCUUGCUCUAUCUAAUACGAAUAUCAAAAUCAAAAAAUUAUUCUAUUGGCUUACCACUUCGCUGUAUUCUUAGGAAAGAUUUCCAAGAAUGACCUUGUUCAAAAUGAUUUUGUCUUCUACAAUAUUAUAGGAAAAGUUAUCCCACAGUCUCUUCUUUCGAUUGGUGAAAGCUGCAGGUCGCUAGCUAUUACGGUUGCCGAGUUAUUGAGUUGACACUCACCCCUCUUUAAUUCUGGCGCCGACAAUACUUUUGUACUUGAUGUGGACUUUUCUACUUAAAGUCUGCUGUUUCUCCCUAGAUCGCAGAACUAUAAUAAACUAGAAUCAAUGACUCUGGUAGAAAGAACAAUCAUACUCUAUGCAUGGAAUUAAUUUCUGGCUGUUCGUGUUCAAGUAAGAGUACUGAUCUGUUUCUUCAACAAGAAGUUUUGAAGAAAAUUAUCACUAAUUCUCAUUUUCAAAAGAAACUUGACUAUCCAAAAUUCGCCCUUUAAAGGGUUAAUUUUAUUUUAAUGAUAAUAGCCUAUACUUAGAUUCGAAUGAUGACUAGUAUUAGUAGAAUAUGGCAUUUCUUCUGAUCUGAAAUGAAAUCUAUGUAAUAUGUAUCAUUUGAUUGCAUGAUACAUCGUUUUGACGAGAAAUAACGAAGUAAUAGAGCAAGAAAAGCAUUAAUAUAGUUUUAUUGAUCAAAAUCAAUUUAUCGUUUGAACAAUUUCUUUUCCAGAAUAAAAAAUGGAGCUUCAAAAAAGAUUACAACGACAAUAGCUGCAACAUAGCUGAAGAAUAAAUUUGAAAUGUAAGCGUUAACUAUUACAUGUGGUUGAACGAACAUAGGUGUUGAUUGAUUAUAGAUAGUUAUAAAAAUAAUCAUCACGUGGAUAAGAUACGUUGAAUAAUUAAGACGAGCUAGAGGAGUCCAAAUUGGCCAUGAAAGAAUCGUAUUAACUGUUCCACCUUGAUUGGUACUACACAAAAAGACAAGCCAACCGAUGCAUAGUGCCCAACAUGGACGAGAAAGUGUAUGAUAAGCAAUAAGUGCUGACCGAUUAAGACCUGGUACGCUAACAUAAUCAGGGUAUAUUACAAAGAUACAGAUUAAGCCAAAUAUGGUAGUCAGAAGACUUCCAAAUAUUUUUGUAUAGAUAUUUGAACGAUACGAACGGCCAGUAUUGAUGACAAUAAAACCAGUCAAAAGACCGAUAGCAUAAGCGGAUAUGCGACCCCACGGUUUAAUAUAGAUUUCGGUGUAGUAGGUAACACCGACAUAUAAAUAAAAGAUUAAAAACACUAUUAGUAUCACUUGAAAAAUUGCAAGAAGUUAAAACUUACUGGUUGCAAGAGGCCUGUUAUAGCGUUCAGAUUCAUAUUAGGAUAAUACAAAAGAAUACCUAUCACUGACCCAAUACCAACGAGAACGAAUAGAGUAGCCAUAAUAAAUGCAAUGGACUUUCGACCAAUGACAAAUGGUAUGAGAGCAAGUGGUGCAAUCCAAUGAAACUGCAUAUCAUUGUGAAGAUACCACGAAGCAGACAAGCAUAUAUCAUCGGAUUUAAAUAGAUUACCAAUGUAAAGAAUAGAUAGCCACCAACCACGAUGACUACAACCAUCAGGUUCAAAUCCUUGUUUGGAUGGAUAGAGAGGUCCGCGACCGAAGUAGGGUGUCAAAUUAAUGCUCACAAGAAUGACAAGAACAAAGGUCGGUGUAAGACGAAUAUAUCGAUGAAUAUAAUAAAGAAUAAAUAGACGAAAUGUAAGUUUUUCUUUGGUGAUUUGUCUAAUAAAGAGAACUGCUGUUAAAAAACCGCUGAGAACAAAAAAGGUGUCCACACUGAAGAGACCACUGACAAUCAAUUGAAAUGCUAUAUUCUGAGACCAAGCAAGUGCAUCGAUAGAAUUGCUUGCAAAAUUUGCGUUAAAAACAAAUGUAUGACCAAAGAUCACCCAGAAAAGUGAAAGUACGCGGAGACCGUUGAGAAAAUCAAAUGAAUCACUAUUGUUUUUCAUUUCCAUUGUAAAUAUACGACGUAAUGUACGUACAGCCGAAAAUUGCGCAAUGAAUAUUGCUGCUGGAUGUGUUGUAUCGAGUAAAACUUUCAUACGAAAAUGUGGAUGUCGUGACAAUGUCAUCGAUUUAAUCUGGGGCAAUUCGAUAGGCGAUAUUCUAUUGUGGUCGUUUAUGUGCGAAGUAAUAUGAGUGCCUGAUUCAAGACGAGAAGCAAAUACAAGAUCGAUGAUAGUACCGACUAGGACGAGAAGACUGAGUAGAGAGAGAACAACACAAGUGGCUAUCGCACCGCGUGAUAAACGCUUCUGUUUACUGGCAUCAUCAUUCGAACAAUGUACGUUUUCUUCGGCAAUAUUGCUGUUAUUGAAUAGACUUUGAACUAAUGAAAGAAUGGAUUGAGAAUUACAUGAAGAAGGUACACAAACUCCAAGAAAAAGUGGACGAGCCAGUAUUUGUGGCGGUAUAAUGCCGCUCAGAAGUAGAGAACCUAAAAAAACAUUCUCUCUUGACUUUCCACAUUCAUAAAGCGAAUAACCUAUACUUACAGUAUUGACCAUUGAACGGUUGUUGUAAGAAUGUUUUUUUCUCAGGUUGAUAUAAUGAAUCGAGACAUUCAUCGUAAUUACCCACCCACCAUCUAUUUCCUUUGAGUAAACCAGAUGGUAGGGGCUUACCCCAUGCAUCUAAGAUUUUGAUUGCCCAAACCUCACGAUUUACAGCUGCCUCGAAUAAGAGUAGAAAGUCCUUCUCGCAUUUAGUUGUCGUAUUACUGUUAGAAGAUGCUAAGAUAGAUGUCAAUAUCUCAGCAGGUGUGAUACUGUAUGACAUACGGUCAAUGUCGUGAAGUGUGAAUUGUUGAUGCUGAAGUAGUUGAUCGAUAGCUACAUCGAAACGAAGUGGAAUAGUUCGGUAUUCUCUUUGAGAAACGACGUUCGGUAGCGAAACAAGAAAGAAUAGCACGACAGAAAACAUUGCAAAUAUCUUUUUGUUUAUCAGAUGUAUGGCGUAUGUCUUAUGUCACUGUAAUAAUAAGAAAAAGAAUACGUUUAUAAAUCACUUCAGUUCUAAUGAUAAAGGCUGAUUAAAUUUCGGUGUUCUUAUCUUUUCACGAUGUCACAAAAUAACUCCUACUAAUAUCAUUCGUUCGAUGUAUAUGAGUAUUUUUUUUUAUAAAUAUUAGUGACUUUUAGGAAAGCCCUCGACACAUUAGAAGACCAGGGAUCUUCUAUUCUGAACAACAAAUCCUAAUUUCAACACUUUUUUGUCCAAUACAUCGUUAAUAAACGAGUUCAUUUUACUUAUCUCGCGCUCCUACAAUGGAAAAGAAACGAAUAAUGUUUUGACGCAAAAAAAAGAAAACAAUCGUUGAUUAGAAGAAUAUUCUUGAAACAGUAUAGACAGCAUACUCUAAAAUUUUGGUGCGAUUUAUAAUAGCACUAUUUUUAUCUAAAGAAUGCAAUCUAUCACUGGUAAUUUUCUUGUCCUAUAUAGCUACACCCUUGGACAAAAGUCUGUUCCUCUCUUUAUUUCUGUACUAUCAUACUUUGCAUCAAAUUUAUUACCAAACAAAGAUAUGACAUAAGAGUUUUAUUUCAGUAUGAUGAUCUACAUCGUGUUGAAAUAAAACUUUAAUGUCAUAUCUUUACUGUGCAAUAAAUUCGAUCCAAAGCAUGAUAGUAUAGAAGCAAAGAGGUGGAAAGGCUUUUGUCCGAAGGUGUAAAUAACUUAAAGAAAGAAAAUUCAACCUUUUUCUGUCAAAAUUAUUUUAGUUAGUUGUUUAUGUUGAGAAUUGGCUCGUAUAAAGAGAAUUGGUUCUUGAAGAUGGGUGAGGGUGAUGAUGAGAUUAGGAAAUAAAAUAUAUUCAAAGCAUUAUACGAGGCGUUUCGUCUGUUGCUCAGG